AUGACACAAAUCGUUCUAAACGUCGAUUUGACACGGUGGGAUACGAGCGAAGAAAUGAUGAUUAGUACCAGUUCUAAUGCAUACGAUGAGGGUCUAAACGUAUCAUUAUCAUCAGUCAGCUACUCGGAACAAAAUUUUCAGGAACAGCCAAACUCUAUCAGUAGUGUUGACAUUAUAGAAAGCACGAUAUAUUCAGGAUUAAGUUCGCGUCCGUUUGGUACAAUAGAAAAAAUUUUGAAAAAGUCCGAAGCCAAUGAUAAUACUGUUUUACACGAUAAAAUCGAGAUGCCAAGAGAAAUUGUUAUUCUUCGAAAAAUUCCACCGCAUCCUAAUAUUAUAAACCUCCUUUAUUGGAUGAAAAUCAGGCCAGACGAAUGGGUCAUUAUGUACGAAUAUUAUGGAUUAAAUUUAAGAGAUUAUCUGAACUAUGUCGCAAGUCGCAGAGGAACUAACGGAUUAAGAGAAGAUGAAUCGCAAACAAUAGUACGCCAGCUGUUACUCGCAUGUAAACAUUUAGAAGACUAUGGAAUCUACCAUCGCAAUUUAAAACUCGAAAAUAUAGUCAUCGGAACCGACGGCAGUAUUAAAUUAAUCGACUUUGAUUUGGCAAUCGAGGUGAAGGAAAACGAACAACACAUCGAGAAAAUUGGAUCAGGUAAGAAUUUGAAUUUAAUUGAUGUAAACGCGGAACGGGGAAACGCGCACGUACGUUCCACUUAUACUGUUGUGUUUCUUGAACUAGUUGUUCCACCCGAAAUGUAUGGCCACAUUACGUAUAAACAAUCGACUGCGCAAAUAUGGGUAUUAGGAACUAUCUUAUACCAACUCUUCGAACGAAUCGAACCUUAUCGGAAAGAACGAGUAAGUUGCAACGCCUUGGGACUGGUCAUGUUUAGCAAAUAUAAUCGUCCCUCAGAAGAAUGUGUAGAGUUGAUGGAAUGGAUGUUGGCUGCUGAUCCAGACAGAAGGCCGCAGUGCAUCGACGAUGUUCUGGCUCACCGGUGGAUUAAUUAG